AUGCAGGUAUCUCUUACCAGACAGCGAUUCUGUCACUACUGCUCCUCCCAGCUGCUGUUCCUUUUCGCAAAUGGAUUCUCAUCAACUGCCAGACUCCCCAAGUAUGGAGCAAAGCCGUGGAGUCAAUACAAAUUUCAGACACGAUCCUUUAACGCCGCGCGAAGACUUCGGGCCUCAGUCGAACAUGUUGGGGCUCUCGAGAAUGAGCUCCCGAAAACUCCAGCGCAGAUGGAAUCGAUAGUACGCCAGGCACGCGAGACAUUCGGAGAGACUUUGCCCAAAGAUUUUCUUUCAUCGGAAGAAUACACGGUCUACGAGAGGCUUUACGGUCCGCCAUCCGCAACCACGCUACCUGAAGAUUUCGAUCUGCUUCGAGGCGCGGAGGAAGAAGAGGGCGACUUCCCGGAAAACGUGCUCAUGAGAGAAAACGCUGAGGGCAGACUGGAAGAGGUCAUCUACGAGGAAGUCCCAUCUGACGAAGAUGAAUUGAUGGACGAUGACGCAGAGCCGAUGCCCUCGGAAACAGAAGCAGAUUUUCAGGCGCGGAUGGCAGUAUUCCGAGACAUAGCUGCGGCGAACGCUUCACAAGCAAAAACAACCGAAAAGAGCUCGCAAAAAUUGGAACCAGUAGAACCCUCAGACGAUCUCUUGUCGUCGGAGCAAUUGGCAAUCGAGGACGAAGAUACCGAAGACUUUGAACAAGAUGAUGAGGCAUACGAGAGCGGCGAUUCAGUAAGGACACAUCCGUUGACAGUCGCUGGACGGUUCAGCACGUCACCAGCUACGAUACAGAUACCCAAGGAUACCGUCAUCGACCCUAUCACAGCUCUACUCGCAGACGCCUCUAACAAGCAACUGUCCGAAGUCGCCCAGAAGACUUUUGGUGGGCCUAGAUUACCAAAUUCUACAGCCACGAUAUCAAGGGCCCAUCUCAAGCAGCAACCGAUUGCGUUGGAGGCAUCUCAGUCUAACAUGGGCGAGAUGGAAGGUAAUGCCUAUAUCGCUGCAAUAAUGCCUGGGGCAUAUGCUACUGUAACGAGCGCGUUGGUAGAGAUCCGCAAGCGCUUAGGAUCUGAGUGGAUACGCAAGCUCAUACAGAACAAAGGCGGUCCUCGUGUCUUAGACGCUGGGGCGGGAGGUGCUGGCAUUCUUGCAUGGCGGGAGAUUAUGCGUGCAGAGUGGGAACUCAUGCAACCCGACGGAGUUCCACCUAAUAAGCCUCCGCCGUAUGGCAAGUCUACUGUCGUUACUGGGUCGUCUGCAUUACGAAACAGGGCAAGCCACUUGCUGGACGAUACGACGUUCAUUCCCCGUCUUCCAGACUAUGAUCCGUCACGAGACCAUCCCUCCCUUGAAAACAAGAACCCUCAACCCAGGAAACAAUACGACAUCAUCUUGGCGCCUCAUACUCUAUGGACACUGAAAGAAGACUACAUACGAAAGAACCAAAUUCAGAACUUUUGGUCUCUACUGGAUCCGAAAGGUGGUGUCCUCGUUCUGAUCGAGAAAGGGGUCCCAAGGGGUUUCGAGCUCAUUGCAGGCGCAAGGGAAACGCUAUUGAAGUAUCACGUAGCAUCACCAGGAGACGAAGAAGUGGAAGCGCCCGUUGAAGCUGCUUCUCCGAAUCGUUUCGGGCACAAGGAAAAGGGCAUGAUCAUCGCUCCGUGUACGAACCAUGGGAAAUGCCCAAUGUAUAUCACAGCUGGACGGAGCCAAGGUAGAAAAGAUUACUGUCAUUUUUCGCAACGCUACAUUCGCCCACACUAUUUGCAACGUAUCCUCGGCUCGCGAGAAAAGAAUCACGAGGACAUCUUAUUUAGCUACGUGGCUCUUCAGCGCGGCAUUGACCAGCGGGAGGCGGACAAUAUUAUGCAAGGCCAGGCAGCCGUAGAGGCUGCUUUUGCAGGGUUUGAGGAUGCGGAAGGGAUUGAAAGCACGAAAAGCUCGCAAGAGGCCAUUGAUCCUAAAGUCGCAAGUGUCAGCACCCUCAGCUUACCUCGGGCGAUUCUUUCGCCAAUAAAGAGACGCCGUCACGUCAUCCUCGAUCUUUGCACUCCUGCAGGUAGGAUAGAGCGGUGGACUGUUCCGAAGUCUUACAGCAAACAGGCCUAUCGGGAUGCACGUAAGUCCAAGUGGGGAGACCUAUGGGCUCUCGGCGCCAAGACCAGGGUCCAGCGAAAUAUCCGCGUCGGUCUGAAUAAGGCGAAGACCCAGCGAAAGGAUGUACUCGAUGCCGCUGAAGAUACAGACGACAUACAGGACUUCCAACCGCCUGGACCCGCUUUAGGAAGAAGUUCGAAAAAGAGAAAGCUGGCGCGAAAGAUUUCCGAAGACGACUACUAG